CAAAAAAAGAGCAGAUGGUCGUCCGUUUAAGGCAGAUGGCCGUCCAGAAGGGGCCGUUGGGGGGUAGACGACCAUCCACCCUUGCCAGACGGCCGUCCAGAGGUUUCCGUUGGGGGCAGACGGUCGUCCAUCCUUGCCAGACGGCCAUCCAUGGGUAA